UUGAGAAAAAUGCUGAUCCUGAACAAAUGCUGUUGUCCUAUCUGCGAAAGAGACUCCGUCUUACAGGAACUAAGUAUAGCUGUGGAGGAGGUGGCUGUGGUGCCUGCACGGUGAUGAUAUCAACUUAUGAACCAGCUUCCAAAAAGAUACAACAUUAUUCAGCAAAUGCCUGCCUGCUUCCCAUUUGCUCCUUGUAUGGUAAAGCAGUCACCACAGUGGAAGGUGUUGGAAGUACAGAAAGCAGGGUUCAUCCAGUUCAGGAAAGACUUGCCAAGUGCCAUGGCUCCCAGUGUGGUUUCUGCACCCCUGGGAUGGUGAUGUCCAUAUACACUUUGCUAAGAAACCACCCAGAACCCACUUUGGAGCAGAUAACUGCAGCCCUGGCCGGGAACUUGUGCCGCUGUACUGGGUAUAGACCAAUCCUAGAUGCCUGCAAAACCUUUUGUGAGGAAUCAGUUUGCUGUCAAAAUAAAGCAAAUGGAAAGUGCUGCUUGGAUCAAGACAAUGAUUUAUUUGACAACGGAGAAAAGGUUUGCACCAGGCUCUUCUCAACAGAUGAAUUUCAGCCUCUAGAUCCCACCCAAGAGCUUAUCUUUCCCCCAGAACUAAUGAGGAUGGCUGAAAGUCAACCAAAGCAAACUUUGGUUUUCCAUGGUGAGAGAAUGACGUGGAUUUCUCCUGUAAGCUUAGACGAAUUACUGGAUCUGAAAGCUACCUACCCCAAAGCACCUCUCGUCGUUGGGAACACCAAUGUAGGACCGGAGAUGAAAUUCAGAGGAAUACUUUAUCCAAUUGUUAUUGCUCCAGCAAGGGUUCUGGAUCUGAACUUGGUGCAAUGCACGGAUGAUGGAUUGACUCUUGGAGCUGCCUGCAGCCUCACUGUAGUGAAAGACGUCUUGACAAGUGCCAUCUCAGAAUUUCCAGUGGAGAAGAUGAGGGUUUUCUGUGCUAUCUUGCAGCAAUUAAGGACUCUGGGAGGAGAACAGAUAAGAAAUGUUGCUUCAUUAGGUGGAAACAUUGUAAGUAGAAAAUCAACUUCAGACCUGAAUCCCAUUCUGGCAGCUGGCAAUUGUAUGCUCAAUCUGCUGUCAAGAGGAAGAAAACGACAGAUUCCUAUGAGUGAUCUUUUUGCAGAUGGAUCUGGUAACAGCACCAUUAUGCCAGAAGAGGUCUUGGUCUCUAUCUAUAUCCCCCAUUCUAAGAAGGGCGAGUAUGUGUCUGCAUUCCGACAAGCACCACGACGGGAAAAUGCUCUCCCAAUAAUCAAUGCUGGGAUGAGAGUUCUCUUUGAAGAAGAGACAGAUGUAAUAAAGGAUUUAAGCAUUUUCUAUGGAGGUAGUGUUUCAACCACAAUUUGUGCAAAACGAGCCUGUCAGGCACUUAUUGGAAGAUCCUGGAAUGAGCAGAUGCUGGAUGAAGCUUGCAGACUCAUCCUUAAAGAAAUUGCUCUUAGCUUAACUUGGGGCGAGAAAGCUGACUAUAAGAAAACUCUGAUAGUCAGUUUCUUUUAUAAAUUUUUCCUGGAAGUAUUUGUAUCUUUGAAGAUGAUGGACCCUUGCCACUGUUCUGGCAUGCCUAUGGAAUAUGGCAGUGUCCUACAAGAUUUCCAAACCAAAAUGCCACAGAGCAUCCAAAUAUACCAGGACAUAGAACCAGGCCAGCCUCCCCAGGAUCCUGUAGGACGCCCCAUUAUGCACCAGUCUGGAAUUAAGCAUGCCACGGGUGAAGCAGCUUACAUCGAUGACCUUCCUUCUGUGGACGGGGAGCUCUUUCUGGCCGUUGUCACUAGUUCCAGAGCUCAUGCUAAGAUAGUGUCUAUAGAUACAUCGGAGGCCCUGAAAACACCAGGUGUGUUUGAUAUCAUAACAGCUCAUGAUGUCCCAGCCAUAAAUGAGUUUUACUAUUCUGAUGAUCCAGAGAUUGUAUUUGCAAGAAACAAGGUAAUUUGUGUUGGCCAGAUCAUCUGUGCUGUGGCUGCAGAUUCAGAUGUUCAUGCCAAACAAGCAGCUGCAAAAGUAAAGAUAGAGUAUGAAGUAUUGGAGCCAGUGAUCUUGACAAUUGAGGAAGCAGUAAAACACAACUCGUUCUUUGAGCCAAAAAGAAAACUAGAACAAGGAAAUGUUGAUCAGGCAUUUGAAACUGUUGAAAAAAUACUCGAAGGAGUGAUUCACAUUGGGGGACAGGAACAUUUUUACAUGGAGACUCAGACCGUGCUCGCUGUUCCAAAAGGAGAGGAUAGAGAAAUGGAUGUAUAUGUGUCAACGCAACAUCCAGCGUUUAUCCAGGAGAUGGUAGCUGCAAGUUUAGGUGUUCCAGCCAACAGGAUCAUGUGUCAUGUCAAACGAAUUGGUGGAGCUUUUGGUGGGAAGCUCCUGAAAGCUGGAUUACUGGCAUCAGUUGCUGCAGUGGCUGCAAAAAAAACCAGCAGAGCAGUUCGUCUUGUUCUGAGUCGAGGGGAUGAUAUGUUAAUCACUGGCGGCCGACAUCCUUUUAUCGGUAAAUACAAAGUUGGCUUCAUGAAUGAUGGUAGGAUCGUAGCUGUGGAUGCCGAAUUUUACAUUAAUGGAGGAUGCACCCCUGAUGAAUCUGUCCUGGUAGCAGAAGUAUCCUUAUUAAAAAUGGACAAUGCCUACAGGAUUCCUAACUUGAGAUGCUGGGCUUAUGCUUGCAAAACCAACUUGCCAUCAAACACGGCAUUCAGAGGGUUUGGUUUCCCCCAGUCAGCAUUAGUGACAGAAACUUGGAUAACAGGAAUUGCAGAUAAAACUGGUUUAUCACCAGAAAAGGUUAGGGAAAUAAACAUGUACAGGGAGAAUGAGCAGACACAUUUCAAACAACGACUUGAUCCAGAAAACUUAAUACGGUGUUGGAAUGAAUGUAUGGAGAAGUCUGCAUACUACAGGAGGAAAACAGCCAUCAAGGAAUUUAACAAACAAAAUUACUGGAAGAAAAAAGGGAUUGCUAUUGUUCCAAUGAAAUUUCCAUUUGGAUUAGGCACACGUCACCUUUCUCAGGCUGCCGCUCUAGUUCAUAUUUAUACUGAUGGGUCUGUGCUUCUAACACAUGGUGGAAUUGAAAUGGGACAGGGUAUUCAUACAAAAAUGAUCCAGGUUGCUAGUCGGGAGCUGAAUAUCCCCAUGUCGCGUAUUCACUUUUGUGAAACAAGCACAACAACUAUUCCUAAUGCCUGUGCCUCAGCGGGAUCUGCAGGGACAGAUGUCAAUGGAAUGGCUGUGAAGGAUGCUUGCCAAACUCUUCUGAAACGUCUACAGCCUAUCAUCAACAAGAACCCAAAAGGCAACUGGAAUGACUGGGUUAAAGAAGCUUUUGAACAGAGUGUGAGUCUUUCAGCUACUGGCUACUUUAGAGGUUACAAUGAAAAUAUGGAUUGGGAGAAAGGGGAAGGGCAGCCUUUCACAUAUUUUCUUUAUGGAGCUGCUUGUUCAGAGGUUGAAAUUAACUGCUUAACAGGAGAUCACAAGAAUGUCAGAACAGACAUUGUUAUGGAUAUUGGAUGCAGCAUAAAUCCAGCUGUGGAUAUAGGACAGAUUGAAGGUGCCUUUGUCCAAGGCAUUGGACUUUACACAAUGGAGGAAUUAAGGCACUCUCCAGAAGGAGUCCUUUAUACACGGGGUCCAGAUCAGUAUAAAAUCCCCGCUGUUUGUGAUAUUCCAGAACAGUUCAGUGUUUCCCUGCUGUCAUCUUCCCAAAAUCCUUAUGCCAUUUAUGCAUCCAAGGGUAUAGGUGAGGCAGGAUUGUUCUUGGGAUGCUCUGUGUUCUUUGCUUUGAGAGAUGCAGUGACUAGUGUGAGGAAUGAAAGAGGAUUAAGCAAAGCCUUCACACUGCACAGCCCAUUGACCCCUGAACAAAUACGAGCAGCCUGUGCAGAUGACUUUACUGAGAUGGUAACAGGAAGAUCGGGAAAGGGUAUGUUUUAA